AUGCCUACAGAACGAUAUUUUAAAAAAGUUCCUCCAUUCCCCUCUGAUGUUCCCGUCGCAAAGCUCCCCCGGCUAUCUUACGCCAAACUGCUAGCCCGCGAUGAAGCAGAGUCGGUAGCUUUAUUCAACGCAUCGCGAGGGUCGGGUUUUUUUCUGGUUGACUUUACCACUUGUCCCGAAGGACAGAAGUUUCUUGAGCAUGCCGAACGGAUGUUUGAGAUUAACGAGCAAGUCAACGCUCUGGAACAAGAUGAAUUGAUGAAAUAUGCUUACAGGCCACCCCACCAUCUAUUCGGAUAUAAACAUGUUGGAAAUUUGAAGAUUGAAGACGGUCGACCGGAUCGUUGCGAGUUCUACAACAUCGGACAAGACGAUAUCACUGGCGUAUCUGAUCCCCUCCCAAACCCACCGUUGAUCGAAAACAGCCGAAGCGAAAUAAAGACAUAUAUGGAAAAAGCAUACGAAGUACUCUCUCUGGUGUGUAGUCAUUUGGAGACUCAACUACGUUUGCCACAGGGGACUUUGGUCGCUCUCCAGCCACAGACUCGUCCCUCUGGAACUGCACUACGGAUGCUACGCUAUCUACCCCAGCCCGAGCAGGACCGCCAGACAAGUCUGUUGGGCCAUACGGAUAUUGGAUCUUUGACUCUUCUUUUCAACGUGCUUGGCGGUUUGCAACUCCUCUCACCGGGUGCGGACCCCAAGGACAACAACAGCUGGGUAUACGCCCAGCCGCAACCCGGCUGCGCAAUUGUCAACCUAGGCGAUGCCAUGGUAGAAUGGAGCGCAGGCAUUCUGCGAAGCAACAUGCACCGCGUGACCUUUGCCCCAGGUGAACAGAGCAAAAGCACUCGCUACAGCCUAGCAUACUUGAUUCGCCCCUUUGGUCAGGCGCCAAUGAAACGGCUUGCUGGCGGCGAGAGCUUGAUUCCGCCGUUGGAAGAAGGCGAAGAAGACAACAAGAUGACUGCAUCCGAGUGGGAAUCACACAAAGCCGUAGCGAUCAAGGCUGGGCGAGAUAAUGCGCGCAGUCGCGGGGGACGGGAGAUCAAACUAGAUGGGAAGAGUGAUAUUGUGAGUGGAUUUACUGUUGGGUCUGUCGGCGCUUCUCACACAAAGAAAAGAAAUAAUUGCGUGCUCUUCGCUGACAUUUACCUACUUGUAGAAUCCAUUAUCGAUGCUGCCAGCAGCGCCGCCUAUGGCAUGAUGAUUCAUUACACCGGAAAUGAAACCGGCCAGAUUCCCGGCAAGAUUCCAAACACGUGGUGGGAAGGUGGCGCUAUGUUUAUGGCUUUGAUUGAGUACUGGUACUAUACUGGAGAUACGACGUAUAAUAGCGAGGUUAGCACUGGCAUGCAGUGGCAAGCUGGUGAUGGCGACUAUAUGCCAUCGAAUUAUAGUAGUUAUAUUGGAAACGACGAUCAGAUGUUCUGGGGCCUUGCCGCCAUGACCGCCGCUGAAUUGAACUUUCCCGAGGUAUCAGAUGGAUACUCAUGGCUAUCCCUCGCCCAGGGGGUCUACAACACUCAGAUCGAACGCUGGGACUCGGAAGACUGCGGAGGAGGUAUGAGAUGGCAGAUAUGGAACUAUGAGAGCGGUUUUACGAUGAAGAAUUCCAUCUCCAAUGGCGGGCUUUUCCAACUAGCCGCACGACUAGCUCGAUACACCAACAAUGAUACCUAUGCUGACUGGGCUGAGAAGAUCUGGGAUUGGUCGACCACACAGUUAUUGGUAGAUACAUCGACCUGGGCUGUCGCCGACUCAGUUAGCAUCAGCAACAAUUGCAGCGAGCCAGACCACACGAGGUGGACGUACAACUACGGCGCGUAUCUGAUGGGCGCAGCGUACAUGUAUAACUAUACAAACGACUCGUCGACUUGGCUCACUCCAGUCAAUGGGCUGAUGAAUUCAACUCUCAGCACAUUUGCGUCUGCAACAUAUAAUAAUACACUCACUGACAUUCAAUGCGAAACCAGCGAGACCUGCGACAAUAAUGAAAUUAUUUUUAAAGGCCUUACUGCUGGUUGGCUUGCAUUUACCGCCCUCAUCGUACCGUCAACAUAUACUACCAUUAUGCCCGCGCUUAAAAUCUCGGCCCAGUCUGCUGCGGAGGCCUGCACAGGAUAUAGCAACAAUACCUGUGGUGUACGGUGGUCAAUAAAAAGCUGGGAUGGGUGGAUUGGCCUUGAAGAAUCCAUGAGCACGACCAAUGUUUUCUGGGCCAACCUGAUUCCAUACAACAUGACUUCAGGCCCUGUGACUUCGACAACUGGUGGAAAUAGCACCAGUAAUCCUACUGCUGGAACGGACGAUAGCACAGGUACAUCUGAUACGCCAAGGCCCAUUACGGCAGGAGAUCGGGCUGGCGCAGGCUUUAUAACGGCGUUGUUUGCUGGGAGCGUGAUUUCAGGAGUUUAUUGGUUGAUAACGAGUGAAUAG